ACUCUUUUACCUAAUUUUUGCACACAAUUUCUGAUUUCAUUUCACACUUUUUCGCCCUUCUCAAUUUCUCGGUUCACAUCUGCAACAAUUGUGUUCUCACGCAUUUGCAUAGCGUUUCAAUCUCCGAUUUAUUUAUUUAUUUUUUAAUAAAGAAUUUGGGUGACAACUGCCGCAGCACAGAAAGGGGAAAUUUUGCCUCGGCGUUUUUCAUUUUUCCUGAGAAUUCUUGGAGUUGAGCUGGAAUCUUGUUUUCUCGAUCGGGUUUCGGUAAUUAAGGGUUCUUUUUGGGUGAUGGAUUGAGGGGUCUCACAUGUUGCCUGCCUGCGAUGCUCCAUGAUUAAGCAUCUUGAAGGGAAUCCUGCAAUUGGCUAGUUAAAAUUGUUCAACAAGAAACGAUUGACAGUGUGGACAGCACAACAGAUGUCUGGACUCAUUGAAGGUCUUCCAGAUGCUGUGGCCUUAAGGUGCCUUGCGCGGGUUCCUUUUCAUCUUCAUCCCACGCUCAAAUUCGUUUCACGUUCUUGGAGGGAAGCCAUUCGCAGUGCCGAACUCUUCAGAGUCCGUAGAGAGGUAAAUGCAACUGAGGACUUCAUAUGUGUGUGUGCAUACGAUCCCGACAAUCUAUGGCAGCUUUAUGAUCCUCAACAUGACCUCUGGAUCACUCUCCCUGUGCUUCCCUCGAGUAUCCGCCACCUUGCACACUUUGGUGUUGUCUCGGCUGCAGGAAAGUUGUUCGUUCUUGGUGGUGGUAGUGAUGCCGUAGAUCCUUUAACUGGUGACCAAGAUGGGUGUUUUGCAACCAAUGAGGUUUGGUCGUACGACCCACUGACAAGGGAAUGGAGCCUACGCGCGUCCAUGAUUGUCCCUCGUGCCAUGUUUGCUUGCUGCAUGCUGGACGAGAAGAUAAUUGUUGCAGGUGGUUUUACUAACUGCAGGAAAUCGAUUACGAAAGCCGAGAUAUACGACCCAGAAAAGGAUACAUGGCUUUCGAUACCGGAUCUCCAUCAAUCCCAUAACUCCGCGUGUUCGGGGGUGGUUAUCGACGGUAAAGUUCAUAUCUUGCACAAGGGUUUAUCAACUGUGCAAGUGUUGGAAAACAUCAAGCAGGGAUGGACUGUUCAUGACUUCAGCUGGCUACAAGGUCCCAUGGCAGUUGUGAAAGGGAAGCUCUAUAUAAUGAGCCACUCCCAAAUUUUCAAGCAGGAAAGAUAUUCAAAUAAGCUGAUCGUUUCGGCAUACGAGUUCCGCCGGAGGAUCGGCUAUGCAAUGAUAGGGUUGGGGGACGACAUUUACGUCAUCGGGGGCGUGAUCGGACUGGACAGGAUGAACUGCGAGAUCAAGGUAACGUCCGACGUGGACGUGCUGACGCUCGGGAACGAGAGGUUGGUGUGGCGCGGGGUGGCCCCGAUGACGCGUUGCAAGGGGACGGUUCUUGGGUGCACACACCUUAGGAUUUAGGGGCAAUGAUGGAGCUAUUAAAAGAGAGGGAAGACAUGUUUUGAUUUGGCUGUAACGUUGGGUGUUUGGACAUACUUUUUUUUGGGUUGUCCAAUACUUGUUGAAUAUGAGGCAUUGCCAUUACAUUACUUGCUGUUUUAGGUUAGUUUUAAGAUACAUUCGACAUCAAUGGAUUUCUAUUCAUUCAUGUUUAUCC